GGACGCAACGGAGAGAGGAGGAAAGAAAGGGGGCAAGGAAAGACCUGUGAUGAUUUCAGUCUCGCAGUCUUGGCGCCAAUCCGACUUGCACAUAAAUUAAAGAUCUAUAACGAUAUUUAAUCAUAUUUGCGACUAGCUACUGCUCCUCUCGCAGUCAUCGGUCGGUGUUGAAUCCGGCUAGCCUCGUUAGAACACCAUCUAUCACUGUCACAUUAAUCUGUCCCCUUUCUCUCUGUCAGUCACGAUACUAAUAACUCAGCAACAGCAAAGCACCGGGACAAUAGAGUUGCGUUUCUCCGAGGCGACCGAUAAGACACAGCUUCAAAGAUGGGGAGGAAGUCCAACAAAGCAAAGGAGAAGAAAGCCCGGCGCCUGGAGGAGAGGGCAGCUAUGGAUGCUGUGUGUGCCAAGGUGGAUGCAGCCAACAAGCUUGAUGACCCGCUGGCUGCUUUCCCAGCCUUCAAAAAGUACGACAGAAAUGGGCUGAACCUGCAGAUAGAGUGUAAGAGAGUGACCUCCCUCAACCCGCUGUCUGUGGAGUGGGCUUUCGAACUCACCAGAGCCAACAUGCAGACACUAUAUGAACAGAGCGAGUGGGGGUGGAAGGAGAGAGAAAAGAGGGAGGAGAUGAACGACGAGAGGGCAUGGUACCUGCUGGCUCGCGACGCCGACUCCGCCCCUUUGGCUUUUUCUCACUUUCGAUUCGACGUGGAGUGUGGAGAGGAGGUUUUAUAUUGCUAUGAGGUGCAGUUAGAAAGCAAAGUACGGAGGAAAGGGCUCGGGAAGUUUCUCAUCCAGAUACUCCAGCUCAUCGCUAACAGUACACAGAUGAAGAAAGUGAUGUUGACGGUCUUCAAACACAACCACGGGGCUUACCAGUUCUUCAGAGAAGCUUUACAGUUCGAGAUUGACGAGACCUCACCAAGCAUGUCCGGUUGCUGCGGUGACGAUUGCUCCUAUGAGAUCCUGAGCAGGCGGACCAAGCACGGCGAGGCCUCGGCGGGGCACACCCACGGCGGCGGCCACUGUGGCGGCUGCUGCCACUGACUGGCUGCAGUUACAUCUUACGAUUGGUUAAAAGCCAGCAACUUUCAUGGCUGUGUGUGAAAGCUUGAGCGAUUCGGGUUCAGAAGGCUUCAGAGAGCUGUUUGAAAUAAAAUGCUGGAGGAAUAUCUGGCUACGGAUUAUGGAGCGGCAUUUUUUAUUUUGUGCGUGCAGUUUGAGCUUUCACACACUGCUGUUUUCUUUUCCAACUGUCUGACUUAUCGCCAUCUUUUUCCAUUUUUCUCAUUCCCAUUAAUGAUCAUUAAUAAUUCCCAGUCAAGAAUAAAGCUGCAGCAGUGCUGACGUUCUUCUGACAUGAUGUGCUACACUGUUUUGAAUCAUUUUGCUUCUUGAAGUGUGAUUCAGGAGCAAAAGCUAGUUGCUGGUUCCGGAUUAUGUCACAAAAACAGUGUCACCAGUGUAACGUAGGUUUCCUGCAGUAGCAGAUUAUUUUUAAUGUUUAAAUCAUGCCCUAACUUAAGGCUAAUUAAGCAGUGCAAAUAGGAAGUUUAGAGUUGGUCUUUCUGUAAAAUGACUUGCCAGUUAAUGAGGAGCAUUUACUAAAACAGCAGGGUUAGGCUUCAUCUGCACCCCUUAAACACCAUGUGAAAGCUUGUUGCACGUUAAAGCUCAAGUUUUAUGCAUAUCUGGCUUGUAGGUUUUUCGUAAGUGAGAAAAGAACUGUGGCUAACAGCAACAACACUGUUUUGAACAAUAAUGCCCAGUGAUACUACUGUUACAUAGUUAUAGUACAUCUGCAGUGCUGUCCAUCCACUCUAUUCAAGUGACACGUAGAGACGUCUCUCUUGCUUUUAAAUUGCUAUAGAUGUUAAGAUAUGAUCUCCAGGGUUGCCUUUUUCUUUGAGUCUCAAGUAAAUAUUUAUACCAGCUCAUCUGCAUCCAGUCAAGAAAAUAGUCCCAGUAUGAUCCUUUCUUUGAUUCAGAUGUUCAACCCUGAUUUUAGAGUUAGUUUUAGAUAGAGCUAUAACAGCUUCCAGCUUCAUUUAUAUGUUUGAAUUUGUGGAAGUGCGUUAUUUAAUCAUUUAUUCUCCUUCCCCCCCCUUUGUCACCUCUUAUGUUUUUAUGGUUUCAGACACAAAUGGUACACUCAUUUAACAGAUGCCGUUCUCAUGUUUCAGCCCUAUAACACUGCAUCCAUCUUUGCUGUAUGUUGUGCCUGAAGGUUCUGGAUGAUCAGACCCCCUCUUUUUUUGUAACCUUUGUAAAGGUACAUCAGUCCUGCUUGUCCUUUUUUCCCCUCAUAUCAAAACACAUUGAUGAUAAGUCGAUGUUGAUACUACUUUUAGCUCUAGCAUAUGAAAAACCAUCCUCCAUCUCUUGUUUAUUUUAUUAACUUGAGAAAAUCAUAUUGAUUUAUAACAGAGGACGAUUGAUAGCAGUCUCAUGAUGUGGGAAUAGUAGGAAGUUAUUUUUACAGCUCACGUUUCUCCAUAGUCAUGACACGUGUUCCCAGUCCAGCAUCACUAGCUUAAACUACAAAAUAUGUUUCGUAGAUCUAAUAGCAUUACUGUAAUAUUUCUUACAGAUCUAAUAAAUAAGCCUAAAUUUGUCAAAGAGGGGAGCUGCAUGACAUUUAACGUUAAUGAGAAUGAGCAGUAAGAUCCGGGUAGAGUUGCUCUGCACAUCUGCGGCUUAUUCACUUACAAUUGUUCCGGCAUAAUCUAAUGUUCAAUUUAAGAUUUUAGAUGUGGAGUCAUUAGAGGGGGUUGGAAGACUUGCUGCAGCUACGUUGACAUUUAUAAUCUCUAAUCUGUUUACAAGACCUUCAGGGUAUUUUUGGAUCGUUUUGGGCGCUAGUCAGUGGAGUUGGAUACCCUGUCUUGGAUUCAGGACUGUAUUCAGCUUAUUUAGAUUUAAUAUGCAGGUUCGAGGAGAGCAACUGGGGGUGUAAAGAUUUUUCAAACUUUGAAUUGGUGCGUUUUUGUGUUGCUUUUAACCUGUUCUUACCAGAGCUGAAAUUUUAUACAGUUUAGUACUUGGGCAAACUGGAGACUGAAAUGUGAAUCAGACUUCUGAAAAUGACCUCCAAAAGAGCAAAA